UGCCAUGGCGACAGCGAGGUUGGGCUGGGGGGCUGCUCUGGCAGCCAAUAGAAGCUAGGAGAGGGCGGGGCCAGCUGGGUCGUGUGCGGCUGCGGCGGGGCUUGCAGGUGUCCGGCUUUGCUGACCCACAAGCCUGAUAAGCAUGAAGCUCUUAUCUUUGGCGGCUGUGGUCGGGUGUUUGCUGGUGCCCCCAGCUGAAGCCAACAAGGUGAGGGAGGUGAGCCAGGAGCACCUGGUCACGACCACCGUGCACGGCCACCCUGUCUACGGGGCUGACUCAGAGAGUUCUGAAGACAUCCGGUGCAAAUGCAUCUGUCCACCUUACAGAAACAUCAGUGGGCACAUUUACAACCAGAAUGUGUCUCAGAAGGACUGCAACUGCCUGCACGUGGUGGAGCCCAUGCCAGUGCCCGGCCACGACGUGGAGGCCUACUGCCUGCUGUGCGAGUGCAGGUAUGAGGAGCGCAGCACUACCACCAUCAAGGUCAUCAUUGUCAUCUACCUGUCGGUGGUGGGUGCCCUUUUGCUCUACAUGGCCUUCCUGAUGCUGGUGGACCCUCUGAUCCGAAAGCCGGAUGCAUACACGGAGCAACUCCACAAUGAGGAGGAGAAUGAGGAUGCUCGCUCUGUGGCAGCAGCCACUGCAUCCCUCGGGGGACCCCGAGCAAACACCGUCCUGGAGCGCGUGGAAGGUGCUCAGCAGCGGUGGAAGCUGCAGGUGCAGGAGCAGCGGAAGACAGUCUUCGAUCGGCACAAGAUGCUCAGCUAGAUGGGCCGGUGUGGUUGGGUCAAGGCCCCAGCGCCAUGGCUGCCAGCUUCCAGGCUGGACAAAGCGGGGCUGCGUCUUCCUUUCCUCAGUGCCAGUCUUCCCUUUAAAAGCCCAUGGCAUUUUUCCUCCUUCUCCCUGACUUGAGAAAUGUUGUGCUUGGCUAUUUGAUUAGGGAAGAGUGAUGGGGUCUCUGAUCUCUGUUGUCUCCUUGGGUCUUUGGGGUUGAAGGGAGGGAGAAGGCAGGCCAGAAGGGAAUGGAGACAUUCGAGGUGGCCUCAGGAGCGGAUGUGAUCUGUCUCUUCUGGCUCCACCCUUGCCACCUUCCAGCUCCGAGUCUUGGGAAUGUUGUUAUCCUUGGACGAUAAAGCUGGGUCUUGAGGAACUCAGUGUCUGGGAGGAAAGCCUGGCCCAGCAUUCAGCAUGUGCUCCUUUCUGCAGUGGUUCUUCCCACCACUUCCCUCCCAGCCCCAGUGCCUCAGCCCCAGCUCCAGCCCUGAGGACAGCUCUGAUGGGAGAGCUGGGCCCCUGAGCCCAUGGUGGUCUUCAGCGUGCACCUGGAGGCUGGUUCCUGUGCCCGUGCACUUCCCCCACCAGGGCAUGGAGUGCCCAUGCACGCUUUGGUGCCGGUCCCCUCACCUGCACUUCAGGGGGCUGGGCAGUCCCUCCUCUCCCAGCAUCCACGGUUGCUGAGCCAGACGGUUGGAACACGAGACUCAAGAGGCUGGGCGUGGAUCUGAACACCACGGCCCCUGCCCUUGGGUCACCUCUUGUUCCCGAACUUGAUUGUACCAGUGCAUCGUGAGAAAUUUUGUCCUGUUGUCUUAGAGUUGUGUGGAAAUCAAGGAAGCCAUCAUUAAAUUGUUUUAUUUCUCUCA